AUGGAAUCCCAAUUCGAUAAACUGAAUAUGACUGUAGAAGAGCGCGAUGAAAUCUGGAGAUUCUAUAAUGAAACUGUUCGAUUUGAAAGAAAAAUUGGGAUUAUUAUUCCAUCAAUUUUUGCGCUUAUUAUUCUGAUUGGUGUUAUUGGCAAUGUUCUAGUAGUUGUCGUUGCAUUUGGCAGACAAAUGAGAAAUUCAACAAAUACUUUAAUUAUAGGUUUGCCUAUUUUUUCAAUUGAGAAAAAAAAGGAAAAGCUGGGAUUCUUUUCAGGACUAGCAAUAUCGGAUUUGUGCUUUUUAUUGUUAUGUGUUCCAUUUACUGCAGUUGAUUAUGCAGCUCCGAAAUGGCUAUUCCCCGAAUGGACUUGUUCAAUGAUCAACUUCUUUCAGGUUUUCUUUAACAAAAAAUUUUGCGAAUAAUCUGAAAAUAUAUUUUUCCAGCAUACCUCAGCGUAUUGUAGUGUUUGGACUUUAACACUAAUGGCUGUUGAUAGAUAUAUGGCUGUAGUAUAUCCAGUAGAAUCAAUAACUUUACGAACACCAAAAAACACAAUGAUAGCACUGAUUGUGGUUUAUGCUAUAAUUAUAGCGUCUCAGGUAACAUAUGGGGGCUUGACUAAAAAAAAAGUUGAAUUUUGAAGAUCCCUGUUGGAAAUAUGCAUGGAAUCUAUACAUAUCUAUUCAUUUGGGAAGAGAGAUCAGCUUGUGCAAUUUUGAGUAUUGCAACUGGAGAAGCUAGCAAAACAGUAGCUCUUUCUUAUUUCUUCACUUUCAACAUUUUUGGUUAUGUUUUACCUCUUGGAAUAUCAAUUUUUCUAUAUUGGAGAAUGCUUCGAAGAUUAUGGGAUACUCCAAGACCUGGAAAUGUUCAACCAACAAUAUCUCCAAGGAGAUCCGGGGGAGAAUUCAAUAGCUCUGGGAGUAUAAGAAAUCGUCCAGAAGCAAGAAGAGCAAAGAAAAAAGUAUGAGAACUGAAAAAUUCUAUUAAAACCAUUGUAUUUUUUCAGGUUACUCGACUCGUUCUUUGUGUUUUGAUAACUUGGGCACUUUGUUGGUUACCUUUGAAUAUUUGUUUCUUUAUCUCAGGAAUUGUCUAUCCUGACACUUUAGUUAUUGCAUAUGGUGUUAUUAUGGUCAUCUUCCAAAUAUCCAGUCAAGUUCUGGCGUAUACAAAUUCCUGCCUAAACCCAAUUUUAUACGCGAUGAUGUCUAAAAGUUUCAGAGAAGGUUUCAUUAGAGUGAUCAGGAAGCUUAUGAACUUCUUGUCUUGUGGAUUUUGUUUUACCGAUGAAAUGAAGGUAGAUAUAAGAAAAAUUCUAUUUUAUCAAUUCUUCUUGGUUUUCAGACAUCAACUGGAAUUGAUGCAACAUUUUACAAUCAAGUUCCAGUAUCUUCAAUCAAAACUGAACGAACUUCACUUUUGAAAGAAUCUUCCAAUCGAUCUUCGGUUCAAAAUACUGCAACAAGUAAAACAAAACAUGUGAGAUAAAUAUUUCACAAUUGUUUCUGAAACCUAUUAUUUUCAGGUUGGUCGAAGUAAAUCAUCAAGAAGCUUCAAUCUUUGA